UGGGCUGCGGCUGUGGCGUGCUCGUCCUAGUUUAAGGCGUGGGCUGGGCUGGGGAGCGGCGGAGUCAGCCAGUCAGAUUCAGGAAGUUGAGUUCCUGACCUCAGGAGCAGGACUGGGUGCCGCGAAGCCUCAGCGGGGAACACAGGGGGUGCUUUCCUCCACACACCACACAGGUGGCACCCACUGAUCCGCAGCGCCACCUCCCUCCCAGGACCUGGCAGUGGCGGGGAGGAGUUGGAGGAGGGACUGAGACCUUGUGCCCAAGUCACUCCAGACAGCACCCGAGCAGACCCAGCAGUCCCACAUGCGGGAAGCCCUACAGCGGACCCAAAGAUUAUCCCCAUGUUGGAGAUAAAGAAACGGGCCCAGAGCAACUGAGUGAUUGUCCCAAGACACAUACUGAGCAUCCAGAGGUGGGGAAGAAUGGUCAUCUGAGGGAAACUUGCUGGCGUUCAAAGGACUGUGGAGCUCAUAGGUGCUCCUGGUGACAUGCCCAAACCCGAAGCCAAAAGAGGAAUCAAUUACAAGUGGCCAGCACUGCAUUCUGUGGAGUCCGGGGCUUGUUAGGUAGUUGGGAUCCUCUGGCCCCACACUAGCCCAGCACCAUGGAGACAAACAGUUCCUUCUUCAACUCUAUCUGGGAAACCAUCCGGACCAGACAUGAAAGGGGCGUCUUCAACACCGUCUGCCUGGCUGUCCUCCUGGGGCUGCCCUUAGUGGUGGUUCUUACACUCCUCUUUGUCUGCUGCCAUUGCUGCUGCAGCCGGCCACCCAAGAGCGGCCAACAGCCAGACCCAAACAAGAAGAAGAAAAAGAAGAAGAAAAAGAAGAAGGACGAAGACCUCUGGAUCUCUGCUCAGCCCAAGCUCCUCCAGAUGGAGAAGCGGCCAUCACUGCCUAUCUAGGGAUGGGAAGCUCAGUGUCCUCCCCUCUGAGCCCAGCCUCCUUCCAACCACAGAGACUCGGGAGGAGCCUUAACAGUGAUGCACUCAUGCCUACAGAUUACUUCAACCAAGGAACAAAUGUCAGACUGAGCAUCCCAUUGGAUGGGAGCGUGUGGACAAUUCUUACACUGUCUUGGCAGCUACGUGUCCAAUAACAGUGCUCUGUGUUGUAGUCCCAAGCAUGUAUUACACUGUCUCUGGUAUACUCCAUCACAAAAGCACAGAAAACAUGUAUACAUGCACUUUAGAUGGAGUCCAAGUAGAUGCACAUGGCCAUUGUAUGUAUGUAUAUUUGGACAACAGGUACAUGGAACAGUAUAUUCUGUUUAUCAUGUGGCCAUUAAAUAUGUACUUUGCACAAAUGUACAUACUUGCAGAAAUGUCUUAUGGGAAGAUAUGUCCAGAUUUAGGCACAUAUGCACAAUUAAAUAGCCAUGCAAGGCUCUAUGCACUGUCUAUAUGCCAUUCAGGUUGGAGAUGGGUGCUUUCCUCUUCCUAUACCUACAUAGUAUUUUACCGGGAAUACAUUUAGACAUUCCAGGAACCUGGUACAGCCCCCCACCCCACUGUAUAUUGAUACAGACAUAGAUAGUAGUUCCUAUAUGCUUCUGAACUUCUACCUGUACCUUAAAGUUUAAAGUAUGGUUCCAAAUCCAUUCAAAGCUCUUUGCUUGCAACUCACGACAAGGUCCUCAUUACCACUGGCAGGUGUUUAAUGUGGUCCAAGACCUCUUGGGGACAUUAUCCCAUAACUACUCAGCAAGGUGCCCUCUUCUAAGCAGCAAUGAACGGCUCUUGGCAGUAACUACUAGAAAGCUAUGGAAACUUGUGUGAUCUCUUCCAUGGGCUGCAGUUACAUGCCCACGCAAAGUGAACACAGACAGAAAAGGUAAGGAGAUGCCCCACAUAAGCUAGCUAUGUUCUGUGUGGAGGAAGGUUUUUCUGAAAGGAAAGAUGUGAGGUCAUCACACGUCCAGUCUCAAAGGCAGCACAAACCCAGGAAGCAAUCCCCUGCGCUUGUAGCAGUGCAUGGUAUGUUGGAGGAGGGAUAUAGAAGCCAUGGUUUAAAUGAACGAUUAAACUGUAAAGGUGUUUGUUGUUAUUUAUGUUGAUGCUCAGGCAAGUAUCUUGUACACAGUAGGUACUCAUAACUGUGGAUAGAUGUACAAUGAUGUUAGGAAUAAACUUGUAAUACCUCA